GCUGUGUUUCUUUGAACGCACAUGAGCCGGCACAGUGCUUUGAAAGAGGCUGUCAAAGAUAAGAGAUUAACAAAUGGGAGAAUGAUUUGUUCAACCUACACCUAGUGUACUUAAUGCCCUGCUCCUCUGUCGGAGAUACACAGCUGGUGUACACAGCGUCCAUCAGUUUUGAAGCAACGAGUGUCUCAAAAUGGAAGAAUAUAAAACAAAUGUAGAAAGACAACCACAAGAAAAUCAAGAAACUUCAAAAGACGACAAAUGCAUAAUGGAUAAGCCCUAUGGUACAGAUGUCAAGUUCAGGCUGAGCACAAGCACAGAUCACCCUGCGCCAAGCACCCACCCCAGAGGACAGUGGUCCAGCAAACUGGAAUUCCUCUUGGCUGUUGCAGGACAAAUCAUAGGUUUAGGAAAUGUGUGGCGGUUUCCUUACCUUUGCUACAAAAAUGGAGGAGGGGUUUUCUUCAUCCCUUAUUUACUCUUCCUCUUCACCUGCGGCAUUCCCUUGUUUCUGCUGGAGACGUCUCUUGGCCAGUACACUAAACAAGGAAGCAUUACCUGCUGGAAGAAAAUUUGUCCCCUAUUUGAAGGAAUGGGUUAUGGCAGUCAAGUGGUUGUUUUAUACUCCAGCAUCUAUUAUAUUAUCAUAUUGGCUUGGGCCUUCCUGUAUCUCUUCUCUUGUUUUACCUCUGAACUUCCCUGGGCGAGCUGCAGAAACAGCUGGAACACAGAUGCUUGUGUGGAGUUUGAUCAAAGGCCUGAUUAUUUUAACAUGACCAUAUCUGAAAAUGCAACAUCACCAGUGAGAGAGUUUUGGGAGAGAAGAGUUUUGAAUAUCACAGGAAGCAUCAAUGAGUUAGGCAGCAUACAGUGGGAGCUGGCGCUGUGUCUUCUGCUGUCCUGGAUCAUCUGUUACUUUUGUGUCUGGAGAGGAGUAAAGUCUACCGGGAAGGUGGUUUAUUUUACUGCUACAUUUCCAUAUGUGAUGUUGGCAGUGUUGCUUGUGCGUGGAGUCACAUUGCCUGGGGCUUUAGAUGGGAUCAAGUUUUACCUCUACCCAGACCCAUCCCGCCUCACUGAUCCCCAGGUGUGGAUGGAUGCUGGAACACAAAUAUUUUUUUCCUACGCUAUUUGCAUUGGGUGUCUAACUGCACUUGGCAGCUAUAAUAAGUAUGACAAUAACUGCUACAAGGAUUGUCUGUAUUUGUGCCUUCUGAACAGUGGAACCAGUUUUGUUGCUGGCUUUGCCAUUUUCUCUGCACUUGGAUUCAUGGCAUAUGAGCAGAACACAGACAUAUCAAAAGUGGCAGAAGCAGGUCCCGGCUUGGCAUUUAUUGCUUAUCCUCGAGCAGUUGCCAUGAUGCCUGUUCCUCAGCUCUGGGCGAUAUUCUUUUUCAUUAUGAUCAUCCUACUGGGACUAGACAGUGAGUUUGUGGGUCUGGAAGCUCUUGUGACAGCAAUUUCUGACAUGAACCCAGCCUUCUUCCACACUGGCCAUCGACGUAAACUUCUGCUGCUUGCUAUCAGUGUUGGAUGUUUUUUCAUUGGUCUAGUGAUGGUUACACAGGGUGGACUGUACAUCUUCCAGGUGUUUGACUACUACGCCUGUAGUGGGAUGACUAUACUUCUCUUUGCCGCACUACAGUCUCUGUGCAUUGGAUGGGUAUAUGGUGCAGACCGAUUUUAUGGAAACAUAGAGGACAUGAUUGGAUACAAGCCUUUAUCCCUGAUUAAGUACUGUUUGAAAUAUAUCACUCCAGUAAUCUGUGUGGGAACAUUUAUUUUCUCCUUGGUCAAAUACACGCCCCUGAAAUUCAACAACUCAAUUAUGUAUCCAUGGUGGGGUUACGCUCUUGGCUGGUGGUUCACACUCUCCUCAACACUCAUGGUUCCUUUCUGGAUGGUGUACAACCUGGUCGUCACUCCGGGUACACUGCGACAGAGGAUCUCGGUCUUGUGCACUCCGGCUGAAGACCUGCCUUUGACCAAAUCAGAGAAGAAAGCUCUUGAACUGCUCGACAUGCAUUCAUCUCUGGACAAGAUAGUAUCUUUGUGAGAAUAGACCAACUAGAGUAAAUUCUUGUAACUGGUUGGGUAUGUCUGCCAGUCUUACUGAGUUCAACCACAGACAUCUGAAUAAUUCAUAAAGAGCCUGAAAUUUUUAAGAUUAUCCAGUAAUUCACAAAAAUGCAACAGUGAAAGGAACUUCAAUUUAAAAAUUCAGAAAUAUUGUCUUUUUCUGCUUUCUUGAUAAUAACCUGGUGAACGCUCUAAUAUAAUUUGAAAUCCCCAUGGUUGAGAGUGCUACACUUAAAAAUGUAUUAUAUUUUCUGUAGAGUUUGAAACUCAUCAGAAAUGAUUUGAUAAAGAUAAUCUAGGUACAAAGGUUGUCAUCAUGUGACAUUCACUCACUGUGACUGAAAACUAGGCAGUAGGGUUUCAGCUAAUUUUCAUUACUAAUGUAUUGUCUUUUUGUUUUUGCUUAAUCCAUUCAUUGUUUAGUUUAUAAAAUAACAGAAAAUAGUGACAAACAUCACAUCAUAGUUUCCAAGAUGACAUCUGUCUUUUUUCCAAAAACCCAAAGAUAUUGAAUUUACAAUAAUGCAAAACAGUGAACUACAGAAUCUCUCACAGUUAGUAAUCAGGAAACUGAGAAUAGUUGGAGUUUGCUGCUUGAUAAAUGACUUAAGUGGACCUUAAACUCUCUUCAUGGCCCCAUGAAUAAGUAUCAAUACUCAAAUUUAAACUGACAUUUUAUAUUUUUAUUUUUUUAAUUUCUGAUCCGUUAAAGAUAAAGGUAUGAAUGUUUUUUUUUUUUUUGCUUAUUUUGUUAGUUUCAUUUGAACUCAGUGGCCUGUAUCAUAGGGUAAUUUCAAUUUAGUCUGGUUCUUCUUGAAUUACCUGGCUUAUCCAACCCUAACACUGGUCAUCUUGAAUCACAAAGUUGCUCAUGAGCACUCAGAUAAUUUUGCGUUUCUCAAAUGCCAGUGAGCACAUGUUCAUCUGAGAAAGGCACAUUUGUUAACUACAAAACCCUCAGUGUAAUGAAAUGAGAUGAAACGAGAAUUAUGAUAAGUGCUUUUAGUAUUUUUUUGUUUGUUUGUUUCUGUCUGGCGAUGAACAAACUAUUAUGAAUAUAUGAUACACAUAAAAAAAGGUCAAAAUCAUAGAAAUGUAUCAUGUUCUGUUGCCAAAGUGGGAAGAAGGUGAGAAAAGUAAUUAAUAACUGACAUGUUGUGUCUUAUCGAAAUGUUGCAUUUUUAUUCGUUCAUUCUCAUUAAUAGUAAGUUUAUUAUGGAUUAAUACUACUUAUUUUUUUCUUUGCACUUAUCAUCACAAAGUCGCCUCAUGUCGUUCUGAACUACAGUGAUAGAAUAAGAUGUAAAAGCAUUGACACUGUCCAAAAUCCCUUCAGGAAUUAAAGGUACAUUGUGCAGUUAAAUGCAUAUAUGACCAUCCUUAUGCAUUCAACAUCGUAAACUCUCCUCCGCCUGUUACAAGCAAUAUUUUAAAAUAAGAUCUGAAAUGGAGACGCUUACUGCCUUAUUGUAAACUCAUUACUUUUGUACUUGUCAUGAUCCUGUACGAAUGAUCACUCAAUUUCUUCACUGACCUGAUUGGUUGGUUGUCAGCUAAUCUCACUGCUAAUCUCAUUUUGUGGUACAGGCCAACAGUUGUGUAUCUGUCUGAAGUACAGCAACAGUAAUACACAUUUGCCAAAUAAGCCAUACAGUCACUUUUAGGUCUCUGUGAGUGACAUAAAUUCAGUUUCCGGCUGACAGUGUGAACUAAAACAAAAAGAGCAGCGACAGAAGGGAGGAUGUUGAGCAAUAAAGGUUUGAUUGAAACUCUGGACAGUGUGAGCACCUUGACCAACCGAGCCAGCAGGCUUUCCAGCACUGAAAUGUUUCUGACCUCUCCAGAUUACUGAGAAAUAUGUAAAUAUUGUGCAUCAACUGCUCACUAGGCAUGAAACUAUCCAGCAUUUGCAAAGUCGUGUUUGGUGUUGAAUUAAAGGGACUAUUCCAGUGACUCGGCAAAUCUGUUGGCUUUACCAGUCAGAAUAAAAAAAAAAAAGAGUAUAUCUUUUGACAGUUACAUAGAUUCUAUCGAGAAAAUUUUACUGUACUUUUGGUGUGUUUAAUUGUAGUUUUGAUACUGAAUACUCAUUUGUCAAGGUUUCAGGUGAAGGUUUUUAUCAUUUUGUAUGAUUUUGUAUGUCAUGGAAAUUUGUGGCAAGAGUUUCAUGUAUACAUACGAAUGCUGUAAUAUGACAUUUUAAGGAUCAAUCAGUGAGUUAUUUUCUUAAAAUGUGUGUGAUUUCAGAAAUUGUGAGAAUUCAUGUUUAAAUUGACAUGGUCAGACUGAACAUAAUCAGUUGUUAAUAGUAAAUUCAUCAUAAACAACCAGUAUUUUAGUGUUGUAUUAAAUUUUUGUGUGAUGGGCUGAAUAGUGGGAUUGAUCUCAUGAUAUAAAUCUAUGCAAACAACUCGCCAUUCUUGAAAUAUGAUCCAUGAAUGAGGCAGUUGGAUGUUAAUGUGAUUAAGUGUUAAAUGCUCAAAUAAAUGGUUUACUCUUGUUA